AUGUCUCUAGUAGGUCAGAGGCGCUUCUCGGCGCAGUCGUUUAGCGGCUUCGGCAGUGGGAGUCGCCAGAGCUACUCCAGCAUCGGCGGGGUGCACGGCGGCGGAGGCGGGGGGUAUAAUUAUGGCGGGGGCCCAGUCCGGAGUAGUAUCGGGACUGUUGUCUCCCACGGGGUGAACGGGUAUAGUCUGGUAGGCGGCGGUGGAGGGGGAGGAGGGUUCGGGAUGGUCGGUGGUGGUAGUGGAGGAGGGUUCGGGAUGGUCGGUGGUAGUGGUGGUAGUGGAGGAGGGUUCGGAAUGGUCGGUGGUCGUAGUGGAGGAGGGUUCGGGAUAGUCAGUGGUAGUGGAGGAGGGUUUGGGAUAGUCGGUGGUGGGGGUGGUGGAGGAGGAGGGUACGGGAUGCUCGGUGGUGGUAGUAGUGGAGGAGGAGGAGGAGGAGGAGAAGGGUACGGGAUGCUCGGUGGUGGUAGUAGUGGAGGAGUAGGAGGAGGAGGAGAAGGGUACGGGAUGCUCGGUGGUGGUAGUAGUGGAGGAGGAGGAGGAGGAGGAGGGUACGGGAUGCUCGGUGGUGGUAGUAGUGGAGGAGGAGGAGGAGGAGGGUACGGGAUGCUCGGUGGUGGUAGUAGUGGAGGAGGAGGAGGGUACGGGAUGCUCGGUAGUACCAUGGGUAGCGGCGCUGGUGGCUCCGGUAUGGGCGGCGGUGGGGGCUUGGGUCGAGAGGGGUCGGUCGUCGCAGCGGCCGGAAAGGGGAAGAAAAACAUGCAGAUGCUCAACGAUCGGCUGGCGACUUAUCUGGAGAGAGUGCGGACACUGGAGAAGACCAACCAGGAGUUGGAGGAGAAGGUGCGCGCCUUCACCUCCACCAGGCAGUUUGUGACGCACGACAUGCAUGCCUACGACAGCCAGCUGAUUCCCCUGCGCGAGAAGCUGAUGAUGAUGUUUCUGGAGAAUUCGCGAGUUGUUCUUUCAAUCGACAACGUCAAGCUGGCCAUAGAAGACUUCAAAACCAAGUACGAGACCGAGGUGUCCCUGCGCCAGACCAUUGAGGCGGACGUCGCCAGCUUGAAAGGGCUUAAACGCGAGUACGACGCGGCCAACUCCGGCCUGGUUUAUGAACAGCAGGCUCUGGAGAAGGAAAGGAGCUCCCUACAGAAAUCACACCAAGAGGAGGUGACGGCGAUGCGCACGCAGGUGUCGGGCACGGUGAAAGUGGACGUGAAGGCGGCAGACAGCCCUGACAUGGGCCGUGUCCUCGCCGACCUGCGCCUGGAGUACGAGGCCAUCAUGCAGAAGAACCACCAGGAGGUGGAGAACUGGUACUCCAAACAGGUGGAGCUGAAACAGUUCCAGUCUGCAGUGGAUACCGAGGCAAUGGUGAGCUCAGGGUCACAGGUCAGGGAGAUCCAGAGCCAAAGCAUGGACCUACAGGCCCAGCUGGACAGCAUGCUGAGGAUGAAAGCUAACCUGGAGCAGCAGUUGGUGGAGGUGCAGGCGCGCUUCCAGUCGCGGAUGGUCACCCUCACCCGGACCGCGGCCUCCAUGGAGGGUGAGCUGGCGGGCGUGCGUGCCAACGCCAUGCAGCAGGGCAAGGACUACCAGGUGCUGCUGGACAUCAAGGUGCAGCUGGAGCAGGAGAUCGCCACCUACAGGGCGCUGCUGGAAGGCACCGCCGACCUCAGCAGCAUGGCGGCCCUGAAGAGCUCCGCCCACUCCAGGUCGUCCACGCUGUCGUCGUCGUCGUCAACGAGCGCAGGGAUGGGAGGCGGGAAGUCCGCCACCGGGUACGGAACAUCUUCGUCAUCCACUUCUACGAAGGUCAUCCGGACAGUGGUGUCGUCGUCGUCUGGUGGUGAUGCCACCAGCAUCAAUGUCGGGGGCUCGGCAGCCGCGGGGAAGUCAGUCACAACGGUCUCCUCUUCCUCUGUGGAUGGCGGAGCAGGCCUGGCGGCUACAGUGACGUCCGGCGGGUCCCAGGUGUCCACGGGCUCGGCAGGGGGCAGCGGAGGAGGGGUCAAAAUCACCAGAACAGUGACCACCACAGAAGGCGGUGAAGGAGGAGUGUCGGGGAGCGGAACAUCCACAACAGUGAUCCGGCGGUCCACCAUCUCUGAGGUCUCCGGCGGCGGCGGCGGCGUCGGGGGCUCCGGCUCUGUUGUGAUGUCUGGAGGCUCGGGCGUAGCUGGCAUGAUGAUGUCAUCAGGAGGCGUUGUGUCCGGAGGAGAGACUGUGGUCGUCAAGUCCAGCCACACAGAGAUCUCUUCUGGCUUGAGCUGUGGUGCAGCGGUAUCUGGUGGCUCCCUUAGCUUGGGUGGUGGCUCAGCGUCAUCAGGAAGUGCAGGAGGUGGGGCAGUGAUGACGUCAUCAGGGGGCUCCAUAUCAGGAGGCACAAUGUCAUCAGAAAGCAUCAGCAUGUCAUCAGGUGGCUCUAUGGUGUCAGGGGGUGGGGCCAUGAUGUCAGGAGGUGGGGCCGUGAUGUCAGGAGGUGGGGCCAUGAUGUCAGGGGGUGGCAUGUCAGGUGGGUCAAUGUCAUCAGAAAGUGUGAGCAUUUCUUCAGGUGGCUCUAUGGUGUCAGGAGGUGGAUCUAUGAUGUCAGGAGGUGGCUCUAUGAUGUCAGGAGGUGGGGCCAUGAUGUCAGGGGGUGGCAUAUCAGGAGGGUCGAUGUCAUCUGAAAGCAUCAGUAUGUCAUCAGGUGGCUCCAUGGUGUCAGGGGGUGGGGCAGGAAUGAUGUGGGUCGAUGUCAUCUGA